AUGGCCCCGAAGAAAUUCUCUCAGGCUGCCAUCGCUAGACUCUCCCAGGCAAAUCUUUGCCUCGCGCUGGAUGAAUGGGGCGUAGAGCAGCAGGAGCAAAUCCAAGAAGAGAUUGAAGAAGAGCUUGACCAAAAGCCGCCUUUGCCACCUCCGACUGAACCACCGGAGCCUGAGCAGCUUGAAGUCAUGGCUCGCGCAGUCACCAACUUAGAAGAGCUGCUUUGCGAAACUGGAAUCAUGAGCAAGCAGAAGGCUGCAUCGUCUUUGUGUGAUCACGCCCUCAGCUCCAAAUAUGCUCUGGCUUCUUGGAAGCACAUUGGCUUGGAGGCAGGCCGUGCGUGGGAUCGUGACAAACUGUUUGUGCAGCGCAAGGACGAGUUGUUUGUGAGCAGAAGAGAUCAGGCACAUGCUACUCCUUCCAAGAGAAGAGCGUCCAAAGCAAUAGAGAUGUUGGACACAGUGAGCCCCAAGCGCAGCAAGUGUGAGUGUGGAGCUUGGGUUGCUUCAAUCCACCGACUUUGUCAUAGCUGUGGCAAAACGAAUGUCAACUUCAGCGAAGAUGAUGCCAAAGUUCAUCAGACGGGACAUCGCAAAGGCUGGCAGAAAUCGGUAGCUGAGACGGAGGUCGCUGAGUUGAGCCAGAAGGACCAGAAGCUGCUUUCGCAAGUUGACAAUCUGAUGAAGGAGCUGCGGCGGCGCUCGGAUGAAAGCAAAGAUGAUGCUGAUGUGGGGCCGGGGGUGGAUCCAGCACCUGACGCUGAAGAGUUUUGUUCUGAUACAGAAUGGGACCUCAAUACAGACAGUGACUCAGGGACUCAGGGUGGGAGUGGGGCAGCAGCAGUGGGGCAGGCGGCAGGUAAUGUCAGAGAUUCCAGCAUCGUUCUCCGAAUGGCAGUGGUUCAAGCAAACAGUGACGGCUUUUGCCAAGGCAUUUGGCUCUUAUCACCGGUUGAGAGAGCUGCGCUAGAGUUUCUCAAGCUAGAUGAUUUAUUGCAGGGCGAGAACUCUUCGAAAGCUGACUCUGAGCAUUCCCUGAGCAAGGCUGAGGACUGCGAAAGGUUAUGCCGUCAAGCGGCAAAGUUGCUGAUUGUCAAGCGCGACAAAACAAGCAACAAAGCAGCGCUUGGACUCAUUACUUUCCGCUUUCUCAAUCCUGCCGGCCCAUUCAGGGAGCACUUUGCACUGUGGUCAAGAGGAGGUCCAAUGCACAAUGUGAUGUUCGAUGAGCUUUUUGCUUACAGCACUGCCCUUUUGAGCAUGCAGCGGCUGGAAGGAAGACACUCCAUUUUAAAGAGACAACUCGACUGUCGCAAUUUUCAGCUACCGGGAAGCCUCAGUGCAGCUAUGCGCAGGAAACAAAACCAAGACUUGGUCAACCCGGAGUUUGUUCGAGAUUUGCCUGAGUUUCUGGCAGCUAUUGGAGAGUUGCAUGAUGGAAGCUGGGGAUGCAAAACAGAAUUGAUGGAUGCCUUUUUGCAAUCUUCGGCGAAUGCAAACCAUGAUCCGAUGGAAUUUGAGAAGGCAGACAAGGCUCGCUUUGCUGAAUCCUUGGCGCAAGUGUGUGCAGCUGGGGCUUCUGGAGGUGGAGGCGGAGACGGAGAAGGGUUGAACGAGGAAUUGCCAAUGCAAAGAGAGCAUGUCAAGGCCGCCUUCAAGCGUGGUAGCGUGUAUGCUCUCAAGGGUUGUAUGCGACAAGGAGAAUGGAGCGUGUUCAGGGUGCUGCACACAUCCCCAAGCUCCAACAUGUACCUGCAGCGGGCGUGUCACAUGAGCUUUGAUGCUUGGAAAAAUUGUGUUGCCAUUGAGCUGUUCAGCGGCCCAGCCAUACCACUGACCGAUGGAGCCCAAGAUAGCCCGCCAGAUGCUUUUGAAGUCCAGAGGCAAUCAGUUACAGCGCUCAACAUAGCCGACCUGUUCUGCAAGACGUGUGAUUUGCACAACCUUUACGAAUAUACAGUGCCAUGGCCAUGGCCAAAGAAGUCUUUAUCAUCAAACACUAUCUCUUGUUACUCUUGUUACUUGUUUUUUCUUACGUCGCGUCGUGACCCCAGCCCCCAGCCUACAAACAUUGGUCGGAGGUCAAGUCGUGUGAGGAUCAGCUUGAAGUAA